UCAAAUUCAAAUCAUCUUUAGUAGCAAAUCAAAAUAUACAUACAUAUAUUGUGUAUAAUUUUUAAAAAGAUGAUUGACCAUACAUGUAUUGUCCAAAUCAUGGACAAUUAAUUAUAGCCUCCCAAAGUUCUAAGCAAAAAAUUAUAGCGCCUCCAAACAACCCCUAAAUCCUUAACAACAUUGAUUACUUUUCUUCUUAUAGUUGAAGUACACGAUUGUCGCCAAGGAUUUUGCAUGAAUCUAAUUAAUAUAGCUAAAUUUUGUGAGGACCAAUAAUAGAAUCGAAAAUCAAGGUGAUGAAUGUCAGAAUGUGUUUAUUAUAAGUACCUUGUAUUAAGACCAAAUGAACAGUUCAUGUUUAAGAAACUUCUUCUCCACCUAGAAUGAAUCAUUCAGAUACACAUACGGCUCCUGAAUGCAACGAAGAGCCUCAACAGAAACUGAAACCCAUGUUCUCUGAAAACAUCUUUGCGGGGCUUUUCAUGGCUUGGUUUAUAGCCUGUUCGUUUGUUGUUGUGGAUUGUGCAAAUGUAGUUUCUGAUGCAAAUUUUGAGAAAAGUUCCCAAGGCAAAUGUUAUAAACGCGCUGCUAUGUAUCGGGAAAUCGCCGAAAUCGAUAAAAUAAGAAUAUGAAAGCGAGGAUCGAAAAACACAGACACACAAUUUACGUGGUUCACUAACACGAUGUGCGUUAGCUAGUCUAGGGGCGAGAGAGAGCCAGUUUCACUAUAUCGAGGAGAUUAUAUAUUACAGAGGAGUAUGAGAAGUAUUUAUAGUACUUCUCCAUGUGGGUCUAAACCUAAUCCAAUUUGGCAAAGCAAACGGUUACAGACCAGGCGCAGAACCCGAACCCAAAUAACAACGAGACCCCCGACUACAAGUCGUAGCGGCUGAUAGUCCGAUUCAAGUCACAUCAACAGCAAAAUUUAGCGGAUAAACUAGAAAAAAUUCAAUUGGUCUACUAUCAUUGUUUGCUUCAUUAAUUGGAGAGAAUGAACCAAUCAUUUCGAAAACGAAAAAUUGCAGUCAAAUGAGAUUUGUUCCAAGGGGAAUUCGUUGAAUUUUAUGAACCAGAUUUGUAUGAGAUAAACAUAGAGAAUUUUUGGAGAGUCGGGUCAAAUAUAAAUCUAAAUUGUUGAAUGUAUAUGAAUGAACUAGGUUAGAUUUAACUUUUUUUUUCUUUUUCCAGUCAAGUGAUAUGUCUGUAUUUAACUAAGGUAUCAAACAAUCUUAAGUCUUAACCCAAUCAUAGAGAUGGAACUGACAUCUUCUGCUCAUGGUUGGCCGGUUUGAUGAGAAUUGACUUGAGUAUCAACCUUCAUUGUAACAAAAAUGUACUCAUAAAACAAAAAGCAAUAAGGAAUUGAUUUAAGCUCAUACUUAUAUCCGAACAUGAAAGCCCUAAUUUAUUCAUGUUUGAAAAAUACUCGAGUUAUACAUCGAAUUUUGAUUAGUUUUAUUUUCCAUGGCCAUUUAACCACAUAAAUACUAAUAUACAAAGGGACUUACAUACUCUCCUCACACGCCCACACUAUUUAUUAAAUAUCUCGUGCCCACUUCCACCUCCUCUGUUUCUCUCCUCCUUCUUUGCUUGCUUGCUCUGUUUUUCCUCCUCCGGCUUCACUUUCCCUUCAAGCAAAUCAGCUUUGCCUUCACGCUUCGGAUGGAACAAUGGAGCAAAAUGCAAUCAACCCAUGGGAACUGAAAUCCCUUUCUCUACUCCUCACCACCAUGUCGCCAUCCAAUUCUCCCUUCCCUCUCACCCCGGAAUCCAUCUCCCGCCUUUCCACCGAUUACCCACUCUUCUCCUUCACAAUUUCCCUCUGCGUGCUAAUCAUCCUCUACUUCCCUCGCGCCAUCGGUUUCUGCCUCUCGCCGGUGAUCGUCAUCACAGCCCUCAGCCUGCUCUGCCUCCUCCGGCUCGGAACCGUCCAGAGAGCAGAGAAGAGCAGAGAAAUCGAAGAAAUCGUCGAACCCAGGAGCGAGAUCGUAGAGAAAACUGAUUCUUUAAAACCAACUGCGAAAAGGGAUUUCGAGGUGUCUUUCGUCCAGUGGGACGUCGGAGCGCCAUUGGAGGUUAUCUACGAGGAAGGCGGAGAAGGAGACGACGGUGGCCCUCCGCCCAAUUCGAAUUUGGGUGAUGGGAGAAAUGGGGAGGAAGGGAAUCAGGCGGGUUUGGAGAGGUACCCUUCUUUGUCAAUGUAUUACCCUGAAACCGACUCCGAUUGCUCGUCGGACGGCGGCGGCGAGGGCUUUUUGACCACCGGAGGGUGGGAUUUUGCGGCGGAAGGCGGAAGGUUCCAGUGGGAAGAGGAAGACAGAGAAGAGUUGUUGAUCGAGAUAGCUUUGGAUCGCGGUACGAAAGGAAAGGGAAAGGGGAAGGAUUUGGAAUUGGAUUUGGGUUUUGACUCGGAUUUGAGUUUUCACGGCGAGGAAGAGAAUCUGAUUGAGAUUGAUAUAUCGCCGGGGAGACUCGACGAUGUGUUUCACGGGGACGCGUGAUUGAGAUUUGAUUAUAUAAUUCGCCGGGGAAGCUCGACGAUGUGUUUUCCGGUGAAGUUUGGGAGGCUGUUUUUCUUUUUUCCUUUUCUUUUUGCUUCUUUUUUGGUUUUGGUUCGGUGAUGAUUUUUAGGUUCAUUAAAUCCGGACUAAUUAUUAAUUAACGGGUAAUUAAGGGGCUCGAAUUACUAGUGUGGAUAUAUGGCUUGAUGAAAAGACUUAAAACCAGAUUUUGGACGUUUAGGGUUCUGGGUCAAACUUAGUAAUACUCUAAUAGGGUGUUAAUGAUGGAGUUGUGUUGUUUGAUAUUAAGAUGGUUUGAUCGCAAAUCUAAAUAUUAAUAUGCAUUGACUUUUAUGAGUGUCAAAUUAUCUUUAAUCAUUUGGUUAUGAUAGGUUAUUUUUCUCGGUCGAAGCCUGUUUACAACUUACAAAUAGAUUAUAACGGUCAUUUCACUAAAAAUUAAGUUACAUGUAAAGCAAAAAUAAUAUCAUUCAACAUAAAUAGUGUUCAAAUCUAUGGUUUUUCUCUAUUUGACUAUUUACUUUCUCGAUGUACUUAACGGGAGAGAGUAAUUACGGGAGAAACCCGACAUUUCCUACUUUACUUAUUCGACAAGACUAGUCCUAAAAUUGUGAUUGAGAAGUGACCAGCACAACAAACAAAGGGACCAAUCUUUGAGCUUUUACAUUUUAGCCCUCAACUGAAACUUUUUUUUGUAUCCCUAUCCAAUAUCAGAAAGCAUAUGGCGUCAAUAACAAGCAACAUGCAAUUGUGUUUCUAUGCAUUUAAAGCGAGCUUACAAGUUACAACUAAUUGUGUCUGAAAUUAGGUCAGCCAUCUGGUUUACACCAAAACAUGUCGCUAUCAAGCUACAAUAUUGUCCUCCUUGUAUUUUCAUAAAUUUAAGAAAACCAAUAAUCAUCU